AUGGCUCCAAAUGCUACUUGGGUUCAGCUUAUGGAUAGUGGGAACCUUAGGUUACAAGAUAACAGUAACAGUGGUGAGAUUCUGUGGGAGAGUUUCAAGCAUCCUUAUAACUCUUUCUUGCCAAGAAUGAGUCUUGGGACCAACAAUAGAACCGGAGAGACUCUAAAGCUUACUUCUUGGAGAAGCUACGAAGAUCCUUCACCUGGGAACUAUACAGCUGGUCUUGCUGGUUUAACAAUACCUGAGCUCGUAGUUUGGAAGAACAGUGUCCCAAUCUGGCGUAGCGGACCGUGGAACGGUCAGGUUUUCAUCGGUUUACCGGUUGUAAAAUCACUUCAGUUUCUUGAUGGGUUAAAUAUCAAUACCGACAUGGAAGGAACAUUUUCACUGUCUUACGCUAAUGAUUCUUUCAUGUACCAUUUUGACUUGGAUCCUGAUGGAGCUAUAACCCAAAGAGAUUGGAGUACUUCCACGAGAAGUUGGAGGGUUGGUGUAAGUAUUCCGUCGACAACUUGUGAUGCAUACAGUAGAUGCGGUCCGUUCGCGAGCUGCUGCUCUCGGGAAGUUCCACCUUGUAACUGCGUUAAAGGGUUUGUGCCGAGGAAUAACACAGAGUGGAAUGGAGGCAGUUGGAGUAAUGAAUGUGUGAGAAGAGCUCCGUUGCAGUGCGAGAGGCAGAGCAAUGUAAGUGGAAAAGGAGAUGUGUUUUUCAAACUUGAGAAGAUGAAAGUACCAAUCAAUGCGGAACAGUCUCUAGCUGAUGAGCAGGACUGUCCUAAACAGUGUUUAGGUAACUGUACUUGCACGGCUUAUGCUUACGAUCGAGGAAUCGGAUGCAUGAUUUGGAGUGGUGGCUUAGUUGAUAUGCAAUCAUAUUUGGAAACUGGCAUUGAUCUUUAUAUUAGGGUUGCGCAUUCCGAACUCAGUAACACCCAUGAUAGGCCUUGCGCUUAUUACUGCGGUCUGCCUUCUUAUAGCAUGCCGGGAAUCAAAAACCCGUCCAGCACGAGACAGAGCAAGAAGUGCAGGGCUAUUGUUAGAAAGAAUGGAAGCACUUUCAAGUGGUAAUGAGUCUGCUUCUAACCAAGUCAAGCUCAAAGAUCUUCCCUUUUUUGAGUUUCAAGUGUUAGCUACAUCAACUGAUAACUUCUCUCUGAGAAACAAGCUCGGGCAAGGCGGAUUUGGUCCUGUUUACAAGGGGAAUUUACCAGAAGGGCAAGAAAUUGCAGUGAAGAGGCUCUCACGUUCAUCAGGACAAGGGCUAGAGGAACUUAUGAACGAGGUGGUUGUGAUUUCGAAGUUGCAGCAUCGCAAUUUGGUGAAGUUACUUGGCUGUUGCAUUGAAGGUGAAGAAAGGUUGUUGGUCUAUGAAUACAUGCCAAACAAAAGCUUGGAUGCGUAUCUAUUUGACUCAUUAAAGCAAAAGAUUCUUGAUUGGAAGACUCGGUUCAACAUAAUGGAAGGAAUUUGUAGAGGUCUUUUGUACCUUCACAGAGAUUCAAGACUAAAGAUCAUACACAGAGAUCUAAAAGCCAGCAACAUUUUGUUAGAUGAGAAUCUGAAUCCGAAGAUAUCUGAUUUCGGGCUUGCAAGGGUUUUCCGAGCGAAUGAAGAUGAAGCUAACACAAGAAGGGUUGUUGGAACAUACGGCUAUAUGUCACCUGAAUAUGCAAUGGAAGGUUUCUUUUCAGAAAAAUCAGACAUUUUCAGCCUGGGGGUUUUGUUUCUAGAGAUCAUAAGUGGGAGAAAAAACUCUCACAAGGAAGAGAAUAAUCUCAACCUUUUAGCUUAUGCGUGGAAGCUAUGGAAUGACGGUGAGGCUGCUUCUCUAGCAGAUCCAGUCGUCUUUGACAAGUGUUUUGAGAAAGAGAUAACAAAAUGUGUUCAGAUUGGUUUGUUAUGUGUGCAAGAAGCUGCAAACGAUAGACCGAAUGUUUCAACCGUGAUUUGGAUGCUAACUACCGACAACACGAACCUCCCUGAGCCGAAUCAGCCUGCGUUUAUAGCAAGAAGAGGAGUUUCUGAGGCUGAAUCUUCUGACCAGAGUUGUCAAAAGGUCUCUACCAACGAUGUGAGCCUCACAGCUUUAUCAGGACGUUAACCUCACAAACCCAAUCUCUCUCUUUGUACAAUACACUCUUUAUACGUAAGGGUGAAAAGUGACAACUGUUUUCUUCAGUCCAUCUUGCAGGUUUAAAUUUAUGAUAGUUUAUAUGUUUUGAGAUAAUUCAAAAGUUUAAAUGGAUUCGGGGAUAAGGUUUACAUUGUCGGGAUCAAAAUUCGGGGACGAAUUUUUGUUUAGUGGGGAAGAAUUGUAAUAACUCGGAUCUGGCCAUAUGAAUAAGUUUAAAUGGAUUAAUUUGGCUAUCAAAGUGCAC